UUAUAAUGUCUUAAUUUCCACUUCAAACCCUCUUCACUCUCCUCUAAUCUCCCAGAGCUACACUCCUCUUCCACAUAUUCCCCUGCAUUAUUGUUUCAACAUCCCUAUUAUGCAAGACCAGCUCUUCUUCAUCCUCUCUAUUAUAUAGUUCUCACUGCAGGCUUUUAUCACCUUUUCUUUCUCUCUCUCUCUCACCGUCAUGGCCUCAACCUUCUCACUCUCUUGGGUUGUAUUACUAUCAUUACUAAUUCUCUCCUUGUCUGUUUAUCCAGCAUUUUCUACGUCUAGGAGAGCUUUAAGCUACCCUGCACAGCUUAAAAAUGGAUUCCGAAUUACGCUCAAACAUGUCGAUUCUGAUAAAAACUUGACCAAGUUCCAGCGUAUACAACAUGGGAUUAAGCGUGCCAAUCACAGGUUGGAAAGGCUGAACGCAAUGGUCCUGGCUGCUUCUUCUAAUGCUGAAAUUAACUCUCCAGUUCUAUCAGGAAAUGGUGAAUUCUUGAUGAAUUUAGCGAUUGGAACACCACCGGAAACCUACUCAGCAAUCAUGGAUACUGGCAGUGAUUUAAUAUGGACCCAAUGUAAACCUUGUACUCAGUGUUUUGAUCAGCCUAGCCCGAUUUUCGAUCCGAAAAAGUCAUCUUCCUUCUCCAAGUUAUCAUGUUCAAGCCAGCUAUGUAAAGCAUUACCACAGUCAUCAUGCAGUGAUAGCUGCGAAUAUCUUUACACCUAUGGCGAUUAUUCUUCCACGCAAGGGACGAUGGCAACUGAAACCUUCACCUUUGGAAAGGUUUCUAUUCCGAAUGUUGGGUUCGGUUGUGGGGAAGACAACGAGGGAGAUGGGUUCACCCAAGGCUCGGGCCUAGUUGGGCUGGGGAGAGGACCCUUAUCCCUAGUUUCCCAGCUGAAAGAAGCCAAAUUUUCGUAUUGCUUAACAUCCAUUGACGACACAAAAACUAGUACACUUCUGAUGGGAUCUCUAGCAAGCGUGAAUGGCACUUCUGCUGCAAUAAGAACUACCCCUUUAAUUCAAAAUCCGUUGCAGCCAUCUUUCUACUAUCUUUCCCUCGAAGGAAUAUCAGUUGGUGGAACUCGCUUGCCUAUCAAGGAAUCAACUUUUCAACUUCAAGAUGAUGGCACUGGUGGCUUAAUUAUAGACUCUGGCACUACAAUAACCUAUUUAGAAGAAAGUGCUUUUGAUUUAGUGAAAAAGGAGUUCACUUCUCAGAUGGGGCUACCAGUGGACAACUCAGGAGCUACAGGUCUUGAACUUUGCUACAAUUUGCCAUCCGAUACAAGUGAACUAGAGGUGCCUAAGUUGGUACUUCAUUUUACUGGAGCAGACUUAGAAUUGCCUGGUGAGAACUAUAUGAUUGCUGAUUCAAGCAUGGGAGUGAUUUGUUUGGCAAUGGGAAGUUCUGGUGGAAUGUCAAUCUUCGGAAAUGUACAGCAGCAGAACAUGUUUGUUUCUCAUGAUCUUGAAAAAGAAACCUUAUCAUUCCUUCCCACAAAUUGCGGUCAGUUGUAAGGCUGGGUUGAUUAGUGGUGUGAUUAAAUCUUACCUAUAUAUGUCUGCUUUUUACCAUUGUUAUACGAUUUUAUUAGAUGAUAUUUUCUCUGAAUAAAAUCAAACUUCUCUCUA